UUGGAAGGGAAACGAUGUGCGGCCUCGCUUCGUUGGUCCUUAUCGCGUUGGCGCUCUUUCGGAUGGGGCACUCGCAGCUCCUAGACGAUGAAUGUGGUGGCUUACAACAGAUUACUUAUAGAAUACGAGCUGGGAGCACCGCCCCCAUUCAAAGAGCUUCAUUUAUGGCAAGUCUAUACAACGAAACUGGCUAUUUUUAUUGCGGCGGAUCACUAGUACACAAAAGAUACGUUCUCACAGCUGGGCACUGUGUGGAGGAGGGGGAGAAGGUGAUCCUGCGCCUGGGGGAGCACGACAGAUCCUGUGCGCAGGCGGAGUGCCCACAUGUGCAGCAGUUCACUGCCGAGGUUAUAAUGCACCCCGCCUACGACAGGCAACAUAAUGAUAUAGCUCUGUUGAGACUGGACCGACCAGUGAACUACACCGAAAAUAUCAAGCCGAUUUGCAUUAUCCUGGAUGAAGACGUAAGAUCGGAUGCCGUGUUCACAUUUUCGGCCUUUGGCUGGGGUAAAACGGACCACAGUACCACAACCCAAGUGCUGAAGACAGUCGAUCUUAACCGGCUGGACACGAACCAAUGCUAUAUAGGCGCCCACAAAAUUUGCGCGGGCAGCGACUUGGGCGACACCUGUGCCGGGGACUCGGGGGGUCCGUUGGCAGCGAACACCUCAUAUAGGGGAAAAGACCUGUUCGUCCAGUAUGGGAUAACCAGCUACGGCGCUCACGACUGCAAGGGAAACGGCGUCUAUACGGAUGUCACUGCGUACAGAAUGUGGAUGGCCAACGUCGUGCUGGAAACCCAGCCGCGGCUCUUGACCGAGAACUGCAGGAGUGAUUGGGGAGGGCAAGUGCUCGUCCGCCUUUGGGAGUUGUCCCUGUUUCGCCAUAGUUUUUCCGGCGCCCUCAUCGCAAACAGAUUUGUCCUGACUGUGGCAAGUGCUUUCCCCGCAAGUGUCUCUCAAAUAAAAGUGGAGUCCAUAUACUCCGGCACAUAUGACGUGGCAUGGUUUGAAAUACAUCCCGAGUACACAUCUUCUCUAAUGCAGAAUAAUAUAGCUGUGAUUAAGCUGGCCAGGAAGCUGCCGCCGUCAGUUAAAGAUCUCGAAACGCCGAUCUGCAUGGGUCUGAAGCUGAGUGCUCCAAGGAUAUGGACCGCGUAUCUCUACAGCCUGAACUCCUCGGUGUUGGGCGUCCAAAGUGUGGACCUGCAGGAGGUCGACAACUGCUCCGCCAGAACCAAAUUGCCGGUGGGACCGGAUCAGUUCUGCCUCGAGAAACCUAAUCAACUGAUGUUUGCACCCUAUGAAACACCUGGAUCUGUUAUUGGCACUAAACAAACCUUUAGGGGAACCGAAAAGUAUCUGAUUGCCGGCCUAAUAAGCUAUUCUCAGGACGACGUCAUUGUGCUCACAAGCAUUCAGCACCACGAGAAGUGGAUUACGGAUAUGUUGAAAAAGUGAUGCUAAAAUAAUAAUCAAUAAAGCAUUCUAAAUGAAUAAUAGAAACGGAA